AUGUUCCUCUUCUGCAACUUCAUCAUCAUCUUGAUCCUCAUGGGCAACUCUAAACCGGAUUCCCAAGACAAAUCAAAUCCCGGUUUGCAGGAACCCAUUUUGAUAUCUGAGUCACUUCUCACUUCCAAAUCCGGUUUCAAGAAAUCCGUCUUGCUAUCUGACUCGGUUCUCUCUUCCAAGCCCGGUUUUGAGCAAUCCGUAUUGAUAUCUGAGUCGGUUCUGUCUUCCGAUCUCGGUUUUGAGAAAUCCGUGUUGGUACCUGAGCCGAGUCUCACCUCGAAGACCGGUUCGCAAGAACCCAUGUUGAUAUCAAAAUCGGUUAUCUCGUCCAAACCGACUGGUUCUGAGCAAUCGCUGACAUACAAACCCGGUUUGCGGAUAAUUUCUUCUGGAUUGAAACCCGGUUCAGACUUUUCAGAGAAGGACAAGAAAGAGAGAAUGAAGAAAACAGAAGGCUUGGAGGAGAACGAGAGCGAAUUCUGUUUGUAA